UCAAACCUCACCAAACACAGUUGAUAGAUACUGCAGAUAUGCAGAGGACCUGAGCAGUAUAAAAGCGUCCGCUCAGCCGCAGAUCAUUGUACAGAGGCAACAUGGGCAAGCUACUCAUCUGCGUUGGACUGGCUCUCCUGCUGCACGUGCAGCUUGGAUCAUCCUACAUCCUCUCCUGUUAUUUCACUAACUGGGGACAGUACCGUCCCGGAGCAGGCAAGUUUUUCCCCACCAACGUCGACCCAUGUCUCUGUGACCACCUCAUCUAUGCCUUUGCCGGAAUGGACAGCAACAUGAUCAAGACCUACGAGUGGGAUGAUGAGAAACUUUACGGACAGUUCCAGGCCCUGAAGAACCAGAACAGCAACCUGAAGACUCUGCUGGCCAUUGGAGGAUGGAACUUUGGUACUCAGAAGUUCACAGCUAUGGUUUCCUCUGCUGCCAAUCGUCAGACCUUCAUCAACAGCGUGAUCAAAUUCCUGCGUCAGUAUCAGUUUGAUGGUCUGGAUAUCGACUGGGAGUACCCUGGCUCUCGUGGCUCCCCACCUCAGGAUAAGGAGCGUUACACUGUGCUGGUCCAGGAACUAAUGAGCGCCUUCGAGGCAGAGGGCAAGAAGACCAACCGCCCCCGCCUGAUGCUGACUGCUGCCGUCUCUGCUGGAAAGGGAACCAUUGACUCUGGAUACCAGAUUGCCCAGAUCGGCGCUGUGCUGGACUACUUCCACGUCAUGACCUAUGACUUCCAUGGUUCUUGGGAGCACAACGUUGGAGAGAACAGCCCUCUGUUCAAGGGUCCCGCUGACCAGGGAUCCCUGAUCUACUUCAAUGUGGACUAUGCCAUGAACUACUGGAAGAGCAACGGUGUCCCAGCUGAGAAGCUGCUGGUUGGUUUCCCCACCUAUGGCCACACCUUCCGCCUGGCUUCCUCAAACACAGCUGUGGGAGCUCCCGCCAGUGGACCUGGAGCUGCUGGACCUUUCACUCGACAGGCUGGCUUCUGGGCCUACUAUGAGAUCUGCACUUUCCUGAAGCAGGGAGCCACCCAGGCUUGGGACAGCACCCAGGAUGUGCCAUAUGCGUACAACCAGGGAACCUGGGUUGGAUAUGACAAUGUGAAGAGCUUCCAAACUAAGAUUCAGUGGUUGAAGCAGAGCGGUUUCGGCGGAGCCAUGGUGUGGAGUCUGGAUCUGGAUGACUUCAGUGGCACUUUCUGUGGCCAGGGAAGAUACCCUCUGAUCAAUACCCUGAAGAGUGGACUGGGAACUGGAGCUAGUUGCAGUUCUCGUCAGGACCCCCUGCCUCCAGUCACACCAGCCCCUCAGCCCCAGCCUGGUGGUGGCGGCAGCAGUGGCGGCAGCAGCAGUGGUGGCAGCAGCAGUGGCACAGGAUCAGGCUUCUGUGCCGGAAAGUCUAAUGGACUCUACCCAGACCCAACCAACAAGAACCACUUUUAUGAAUGCAGCCAGGGAAAAACCUACAACCAGCACUGUGCUACUGGGCUGGUGUUCGAUAUCAGCUGCAAGUGCUGCAACUGGGCUUAAAUGAUCCAGGGUAGAACUUCAUACUGGUUGUUCUUUAGUUAGGAUCUGGGUCAACAAUCCAAUAAAGGCCCAUUGAAGAGCAGCUGUGUUACACCUGUCAUUGAUCAAAUCUAAAUAAAGAUGGCAUUCAAAGCGA